GACGGAAAAAAGAAGUUUCUUAAAUAUUGUUAUCAAAUAUUUAAUAAUAAUAAAAAUUCUUAACAAACAGAUGAAAAUUCUUGAGUGACUCUUGUGAAUUAAGCAUUCAAAUUGGCAUCAAUUAAAUCACAUUUAAUGCCACUUAGUGGCUUAACCAUAAAAACGGAAUAUAAUUUAUCAGAAGAGAGUAGCUCGCCAAACUCAAGUCCAACGAUGGUCGAGACAACUCAACAAUUAAUUAGAAACAGAUCGAGCGUUAGUCCAAAUCCUCGACUAUCCCCAAAAUCACAAAAUUUUAUUAAUUCCAAAAUGCUCAUAAGUUCACAUAAUUUAUCAUUAUUUGAGCAAAGGCUUAAUCGGAAUAGUUUAAGUGAUCAGAAAAAGAGUGAGAAUGUGUCUAGUGGAGAGAAAACGUUAAAUGGAAGUACAUCAGCUUCAUCGUUAUUCACAAUAGAUAGUAUUUUAGCAAAGCAGACAAGAUACUCAUCGGAUGUUUCACCAUCGAGUUCACCAAAUUGCGAAACAAAUGCUUUUAAAAUUGGAUUAGUUGAUUCAAGUCCAAAUCGUUCGCGUUUACCACCCGCCGCUUUAUUUCAACACCAUCCUGGAUUACAUAUCACGCAUUUAGCAUCGAAUUUCGGGUCACCAGAAUUUUUAGUAACAUAUCCAAAUUUCUACCCAAAUUAUAUGCAUGCUGCACAAAUGCUUCAAGCAGCACAAAUUCAUAGUCACGUUUCAUUAAAUCAUGGACCUCCACCAAAAAGAAAACGAAGACAUCGAACGAUAUUUACUGAGGAACAAUUGGAGCAGCUAGAAGCGACUUUUGAGAAAACUCAUUAUCCUGAUGUGGUGCUGAGAGAACAAUUAGCAAUAAAAGUUGACCUUAAAGAAGAACGGGUUGAGGUUUGGUUUAAGAAUCGAAGGGCAAAGUGGCGAAAAGUAAAACGAGAAGAACAAGAAAGAAUUCGAAAACUACAAGAAGAUCACACAAAUGUUUCAAGUAAUUCGAUAUCACCUGAAGAUCAAACCGAUGUGAAUUCGUUACACAACCACAACUCUUCAAACUUCUCUCACAGUGAUGAAUCCGAUCUCGAAGUAGCAUAAAUUUGAAAAUUUCCUACUCGACGCGACAUUAACGUUCGGAAGUAUUAAAUUUGCGACAUUUUGUCUUUCACGAUAUUUCAGUAAAAGCGAGUCAUCUCGUUUUAUUGUCGGAUAACUUAAAAAUCGUCAAUCUAUAAUCUUUAAAGGGGAUUUACGUAUUUUACAUCAUUGCUUACAUAUUAACAUAAUUAAUUACCUAACAAGUUUUAAAGAAAAAUCAAUGAAUCUUAAUAACUGAGAAGUAACCAUGGUUUAAUUUAUGUAUUUACCCCAAACACAAUUUUUAUUGUGAACUUCAAGCAUAAAUCAUUUUAAUUAUAAAUAAAAGUAAAUGUUCAAACUUUUA